UGGGAAGGAAAACAGCACCGCUUUCCUUUUUUUCGGGUUAAGCAUGGCCUUUGCUCCCGUGUGGGCUGUUCUUCUCUAGGAUUAAAGAGAUGUGGGAUGGAAUUCGUUUUGUUUUAAACACCCUUAUUCUUGUAAUGAAAGCAGGGAAUGAGAGCAGCAAAGUUGAAAGCAUUUCUUGCCAGCCUCAGAGGAAGAUCCCCUCAAACAACCAGAGCAUGCAGGUGAACUAAACACUUACCAUGCGAUGGCCACCCCUGAAGGCAGUAUUAACCACACCAUCUACUCCUUUGGAAAUGCCAAAAGGAACAUGACGUAUUCCCCCUAUUACCAGCACUCGCCGCCUGUUGCUGCCCUCUACAUUGUAGCCUACCUGUUCAUCUUCGCAUUGUGCAUGGUUGGGAACAGUCUGGUUUUCUUUGUGGUGCUGAAAAACCGCCGGAUGAGGACAGUCACCAACCUCUUUAUUCUUAACCUGGCCCUCAGCGAUUUGCUGGUGGGCAUCUUUUGUGUGCCCACUACACUAGUGGACAAUUUAAUCACAGGCUGGCCCUUUGGCAACAGCAUCUGCAAGAUGAGUGGCCUCGUGCAGGGUAUGUCCGUUGCAUCCUCUGUCUUCACCUUGGUGGCGAUUGCUGUGGACAGGUUUCGCUGCAUCGUAUAUCCGUUCAAAUCCAAGCUCAGCCUUUUCCAGGUGGUCAACACCAUUGUGGUCAUUUGGGUCUUGGCCAUCUCCAUCAUGUGCCCCUCAGCUGUCAUGCUCACAGUUGCCCAGCUGGAGGACAGCUACACUGUGUAUGACAAGAACCAGAGCAUGGCUUACCCUUUGUACUCCUGCUAUGAGGCCUGGCCCAACAGUGAGAUGCGUAAAAUCUACACCACUGUGCUUUUUGCCCACAUCUAUGUUGCUCCGCUGACCCUCAUCACACUCAUGUAUGGCAGGAUUGGGUUUAAGCUAUACAGGUCCUCAGUCCCGGUGAGUCAGCACCGGGUGGUCACUGAAGAACGGUGCAGUACCAUGAUCUCCAGGAGGAAGGUCAAGGUCAUUAAGAUGCUCAUCCUAGUGGCAUUGCUAUUCAUGCUUUCCUGGCUGCCCCUGUGGACUCUGAUGCUGCUCACAGACUAUGCCAAGAUGGAUGAGCAGCACAUCAAUCUUUUGUCCUGCUAUGUGUUCCCCUUUGCACAUUGGCUAGCCUUUUCCAACAGUAGUGUCAACCCCAUCAUCUAUGGCUACUUCAAUGAGAACUUCAAAAGGGGAUUCCAAGCUGCCUUCAAACUCCAAACCUGCUCUGAGGAGAUGGUUUGUCAGGAGAUAUAUUCUAAGAGGGCAGCCGUGAGCACCAUUAGCUUUGGUGCCCGGAAUAAAAUCUUUACCAACGGGGAUUCCUCAGACUUGAUCUGCUUGAAGAAUUUGGACUCAAAAUCUCCUUGUGCACUGCAGACGGGACAUGGCCAGAGACAAGGACUUCAACGAGAGGAAGAUGGGGACAUUACACCCUUGGACAAAGUUUGUAAUGCUUGGGAUGCCUGAGAGAGAUGAAUGUCACCUUUUUGCUGGGAUGUUGGCUCACCUGCAUCCUCAGAUGAUUUGCAUGAAUUAGGGUGGCCACUCAUAACUUGUGUAGGUCACUCCUAUUGUGGGAACUCUGUCCAUAAUAAAAAGAAAAGGCAUUCGGAAAGUCUGUCCGUUUUGUGCAACUUGCAAAAUACAGUAAGCCUGAAUCAGUCCUCAAACACACAUUUCAGAAAAAAGCAAGUACAGAUGUUAUUUUAAAAUGAACUGAAGGCUAAUUGUUUUUGCAAAAAGUUAAUGUAUCAUGUUGUUGCUCAGUAUGUCAUACUCACUCUAAAGAUGGGAAUUGCAAUAGAAUAUGUAAGAUAAGGGGUUAUAAUGAUGACAUUAUGGCGAGAAACUAUUGUAUAUUUUGAAGAGUUUGUUUAUGGAUU